AUGGUUUUUUUCCGCCUCUAUCAGAGUAUUGCUGAUUUUUUGCGGAAAGAGGCCAGAUCCGAUUCCUAUUCGGCGGGAAUAUUAGAAAGCUUAGAAAUUGCAAGGCAAUGUAUCGAAACUGCUUUUUCUUUGAAUCCAGAAGCACCAUCAGAAGUUGACCUCAUUCAAGUCUUCGGGGGUCUUAAUAAAAAUCGUACCAAACUACCGGAGGCUAGUGAGGAGGCGAAGCAGAUGGCCGAAAAUUUAAAGGCGCAAGGCAAUCAAUGUAUGAAAGAAGAACAGUUCCAAGAAGCCGUAGCAUGCUACACUAAGGCUAUAGAAAUGGCUCCAUCUACGGCUGUAUACUAUUGCAAUCGUGCAGCUGCAUAUUCCCGGAUGAGUAGGCAUCAGGAUACUGUAAAAGAUUGCGAAAGAGCCCUAGAAAUAGAUCCAGAUUAUAGCAAAGCAUAUGGAAGAAUGGGGUUGGCUUAUUCUAGUAUGGAUAAUCAUGCUCGGGCCGUGGAAUGCUAUCAGAAGGCCUUGGAACUUGAUCCUACUAAUGAAAAUUGCCGGCAGAAUUUACAGAUUGCCAAGAAUCGUUUACAGUCUUCUUCAACUACCAAUCCUGAUAUUCUAUCUGCACUGGCAAACGUGUUCGGAAAUUUCAAUCCUAAUUCCGGAGUUGCUGAUGAGGCGUCCAUAUUACGUCACCCAUUAAUGCAAAACCUUGCUCAUCGUUUUAUUUCUAAUCCUAAUAUGCAAAAUCUGUAA